AUGGGCGCCUCCAUUCUGCCAUACAUACCGCACCUGCCGCAGUCCCUGCUGGUCAUCUGGAUGGUGCCGAUGUACUUCCUGGCGCGGGAUCGCCUGCGCCGGCAGCCCUGGCUCCGGGGCCUGGCCGAGCACCUGGACGCGGUGAUGGACCGGGUGCCGGCCGUCGGCUCGGCGCUGGAGCGCCUGCUGGCGGUGCACUUCCUCCGGGGCGCCCGGUCGGCGCUUCCGCUGGCCGGGGAGGCGCGCAUGCCGGCCCCGCCGGCCGGCGCCGGGCCCAACUUCCCGGGGCUCUGGGCCGCGCACGUGGAUCGCGUGUGCCGGGCCCAGGUGUGCCUGCUGCUGGAGCGCGAGGGCCUACUCCAGGAUGCCUCGGUGCCGGAGGAGGUGGUGGCGGAGAUGGCGGUGCGCACGCACCUGGCCGCGCCGGGGCCCUUUGCCCUGGCGCCGGGGGUCCCGCCGCUGGGCUGGCCGCCGGCCGCCGGCAUCGGGCCCCCCCUGCAGGCGGCCCUGGCGGCCGCCAUGCGCGCGCACUUCGAGCGGCAAAUCCACGCGGCCGCCGCGGCCGGCCGGGCCCGGGGCCACUCGCGCCUGGGCGGCUUCACCUGUGUGCCCUUUGACCGGGGGAAUCCGGCGCAUGGGGCCCUGCUGUCGGAGUGCCUGUGGCCGGCGCUCUUCCGAGCCGGGUGCUCCGGGCCCGGGGGCCCGGCCGACCUGGGCCCCGGCGGGCCUGGCGCCGCCCCGGUGCCGGCCAUCGACCCGCACUCGGACCCCCUGUGGGCCGAGGUGGCCGGCUUCCAGGGCCCGGCCCCCUGGAGCGACCUGCGCAGCGUCGGCAUCACCGGGCCCCUGCACCUGGCGGCCUUCGCCCGGGCCUUCCCCUCCCUGGCCGGGUACAUGAUGCACCUGUCGGUGGGCGGGGCGCCGCUGGAGGCCGGGGGCCCGCCGUCGGUGCCAUCGCCGCUGGCCGGGCGCCUCUCCCGGGCGGCGGCGGCGGCGGCGGCGGCCGGGCCCGGGGCCGACCCCGGGCCCCCGGAGCCGGCCUCCGACAGCAUCCAGUGGUUCCCCUUCGCGGCCUUCGGGGUGAAUGUGUCGCGCAUGGUGCUGGACCUGCUCUUCCAGCUGGGGCCGCAGGUUCCGCGGCUGCGGCCGGCGGCCGGCGGCCCGGGCGCCCCGUCGGUCACUGUGGCCUUCGCCGGGGCCACCGAGGCCGAGCUGGCCGCCGGCCGGUCCGUCAGCCUGGACACCGGGCCCGACCGGGCGUUGGCCGCGCUGGAUGGCCUCCACGCCCCGGCCGACGAGCCCGGCCUGGCGGCCACCACCCAGGCCCUUUGUCGGGAUCUGGCGGAGCAGAUGCGCCGGGCGCGGGCGCACGCCCGGGCCCCCCCGGGCGCGGGCUCCGGCCCCGGCACCGACACCCCCACCGACCUGGUGCUGGGGCACCUGCUGCUCGGCCCGGCGCCCCGGCCAUCCGGCCAGCCCGAUGCCCUGCCCCAUGCCGACUGCCUGGCCCUCACGGUGUACUGCCUGCUGAUGCUGGGCUUCGCCGUGGAGUGGGCGGCCGACGCGGCGCGCGGCCGGGCCACGGUCCUCACCUGCUCGGCCAUCCUCCGGCGCGCGGCCACCCGCGUGACCCUCCUGCUGGCGGCCGGCACGCAUCCGCUCUUCGAGGCGGCCUACCACCGGGUGGCGGCCACCGCGCCGGCGGCCCUGGCCGGCGUGGACUUCUCCGCGCUCUAG